GGCACAUGACACCUACAGUGUACUAGUGAUUAGGUGACUCUUCCUCUCCUGGUGAUCGGGUUUCGCUGAUCCCAGGGAUUGAUGCGAGCGGACUGAUCGCUCUCCAAGGGAGAGACAAGCGCCGGCGAAUUGGUACCAAAGAUGGUCCUGGAGCCUGGAGGCGGUCUGUCCUUUCCGUUGCCCCCCGGCAGCGGCUCCAGCGCCUCCGGAGGAUCCUUGCUGGCCCCGACCAGGUUAUUCCAAAGGACGACGCCUGUGUUUCCUUUUCACUUGGCAGGAUGGCCGCCGCAUCAUCCGGUUUUGGGCCAGGUGCAGAGUCAGGUCCAGCAGAGCAUGCAGGCCCAGCAUCAGGCCGCUGCCGCCGCAGUCAGAUUUCUCAGUCAUCAUCAUCCGCAUCAUCCUCAUCCGACGUUGAGCAAUCAUUCCCUGGUACCGGCGAUCACUGGGCAUCAUCCUACUGUACAUCAUCUUCAUCAUGCUGCUGAUCAUGGAGAGGAAGAAGAUGAAAAGAAGGGUUGCGACGGAGAAUCAGAUGAGGGCGGCAACAAGAGACGAAGAAGCAGGACUAACUUCAACAGUUGGCAGUUGGAAGAAUUGGAGCGGGCCUUCCUGUCGAGUCAUUAUCCUGAUGUCUUUAUGCGAGAAGCACUGGCUGUGAGACUCGAACUAAAAGAGAGCCGCGUGGCAGUGUGGUUUCAAAAUCGAAGGGCAAAGUGGCGGAAGAAGGAACAUACGAAGAAGGGCCCCGGUAGGCCGGCGCAUAAUGCUCAUCCGCAAAGUUGCAGUGGCGAACCAAUCCCACCCGAGGAACUAAGACGGAAAGAGCGUGAAAGGCGACAGAAGAAGUUGCUGAAAGCUCUCGAGAGACAACAGCGGAAGCUCGCUGCUAAAGGCAUAACAGUGGAUUUAUCGACAUUGCGUGCCGAGUGGGAGUCUCGUAGCGAGGCGGCAUCGGGUCGCAGUUCUGCGAGCGGUCCUCUGAGCAAUUCGUUCGGCCAACUGGGUCUGAGCAAUGACAGUAACAACAUAUCCGCGUCCGGUAACGACGCUAACGAAGAGAUCGACGUGGUCGGCGGAUUGGACUCCUGUAGCGAGAGUGACAGCGAGCGGGUGGACUCGGCGGCCGACGGGUCCGUGGACGGCGAAUGUUUCCCGGCGCUCAACAACAUUAACGCGAGCGAGAUCAGCGAGCCCCGGAAGAACCCUCCGCAGAAUCCGCCGCUGGAGCACCUGAACCACCAACCCGGUAUCCACCACUGGGGCUUAAGCUUGCUGGAACGACGACGCGAGCUGGUGGGAAUCGGAGCUGGUCGUCCACCGACCGGUAAUGGCGCUAGGAAUCUAAUCAGGCAGGUCGCUAGCGAGGAGGAAGUCCAAAGCGGCAGCAUCGAUCUCUCGGUAAAGGGUAGGGAGGAGAGGAAGAGGCUGAAUCCAUUCUCCAUCGACAGUCUGCUGGGGAACAAUCGGACUAGUGCGGCAUCGGAUCGCAGGCCGGCGACGCCGACGUCGCCGACGUCUCCCGUUUCAUCGGCUUGCACAUCGCCAUCUACGACGUAGUGAAUAGGAGCGUGGAGAGAUGCCGAGGUGCGUCGGAUUAAAAAUUGACGAGCAGAAGAACGCGAUCAAAGAGAUGGGGUAACUCCUCGUCGAGAUUACCACCAGUGACGGUGAAGUGACCAUGUCGGAUGAAUGAAGACUGAAGCGUGCAAAGCGUGCAAAGCGGAACUGGUACUCCCGGUCAUGAAAUUGCGUGGAAGAACCAGCUACGGUAACAUCCCCGUUUCUACCAGAGUUCGCUUUGAUUGAAAUCGCUAGGUUUAUGAAUAAUCCUCGCGUACUUGUAGACAUUCUCACGUCCAUCGAUGAACGCGCGUCUAGAUUCUUCAUAUCCUGAGAUCUUUGAGAGUAUGCAUAUGAAUUUGAAGUCGAAGGUAAUCGAAGGAAGGAAGAAAAAAUUCAAGUAUAGGCAAAUUGAGUAUUAAAGGGAUGGAAAAAUUCUCAAGUUACAGUCGAUCACAAGUACGUGUAAGAUCG